CCCCCCCCUCUUUAUCUCUCUCUCUCUCUCUCUCUGUCUCUCUCUCUCUCUUUCUCUCUCUCUCUCUCUCCCUCUCACACACACUCUCUCCAACUGAGUACACAGUGUAUGACAGUAGUGUCUGCUCUCGACUGAUGAGGAUUUGAAGUCGACACGUCACAAAUAAGGAAAAGGGCUAGAGGGCGGGAGGGGUGCGGAGCAGAAGAGGAGAGCAAGCCAUGUACAGAGAGCCGGAGAGAGAGGGGCGCAUAUUGACUCAAAGCCGAUCUUCAUGCUCUUCAGUGUGUGUGAGAGAGAGGCAUGCGUGAGAGCAGUUAAGAUGGGGUGCUGGCACAGAUGAAGACUGCCCUGGUCCCGUUCAGCAGCCCACAUGAGCGUCUCCAAACCACCGCCACCCCCUUCCGCCUCCCACCUCACCAUCCCUCCUUCCUCUACUUCCACACCCUCUUCAUCCGCCUCCUCCCCCUCGGCCCCACCGCCGCCCUCACCUGUCAAGAUUUCUAUGCAGGAGCACUUUGCCAUCAACGUGUGCCCGGGCCCCAUCCUCCCUAUCCCGCAGAUCUCAGACUUCUUCCCGCGUUUCCACGACUACCCAUGCACGCCGCCACCUCCACGGGAGAAGAAGAUCCUGAAGGAGGAGACUUUCAACGGGGAGAUGGGCGGAGGCUUCAAAGAUGGCGAGAGGCGGGGGGACAACAGUGGGGACAGGGAGGAAGUAGCUGACUCCGAUGAUGAUGACACCUAUUUGGGGAUGUUGGAGUUCACCCUGCUCUUUGAUCAGGAGAAUAACUGUCUUCAUUGCACCAUUCACAAGGCGAAGGGACUGAAAGCCAUGGACUCCAAUGGGCUGGCUGAUCCAUAUGUCAAGCUUCAUCUUCUCCCCGGGGCAAGCAAGGCAAACAAACUCCGCACAAAGACUCUGAAGAACACACUGAACCCAGUGUGGAAUGAGACACUGGUGUAUCACGGAAUCACAGCGGCUGACAUGACCACCAAAACACUCAGGCUGUGUGUAUGUGACAUGGACAGACUUGGGCGAAAUGAAUUCAUCGGUGAGGUGAGGGUGGCCCUGAAGAAGCUCAGGGAGGGUGACAACAAACGUUACAAUAUGGGCUUGGAGAGAAUUGCACAGAACAAAGAAUCAAACAAUCAAGCCGUGGAACAGGGAGCGCUCGUGGCAGAGGAGGAGCGCGGACGCAUCCUGGUGUCUCUGUGCUACAACACGGAGAAGGGCUGCCUGCUGGUUGGGAUCAUACGCUGCGCCCAUCUGGCCGCCAUGGACUCCAAUGGCUACUCUGACCCCUUUGUCAAAAUCAUCUUGCAGCCAGACAUGGGGAAAAAGUCCAAGUAUAAGACGUCAGUGAAAAAAAAGACUCUCAACCCCGAAUUCAACGAGGAGUUUUCCUAUGAGGUAACGUUGGACUUGCUGGCUAAGAAAACCCUUGAGAUCUCAGUGUGGGACUACGACUUGGGAAUGAGCAACGACUUCAUAGGUGGCGUGGAGCUGGGCAUCAACGCGAGCGGACAGAGACUCAGACACUGGUUCGAGUGUCUCAAAAACAAAGGGAAAAAAGUGGAGUACUGGCAUACGCUCACGCAGCAAGGAGCCCCGAGCAGCGACAAAACGGACUAAAUCACACCAGACACACAGUAAACACACAUGCACAUCCCCCUGAAAGAUAAGAGAAAAGAACAAAACUGCAAUAAUAAUAAUAAUCAUGUAAUAGUGAUGAAGAUGAAAUCCAUCAUUUAAUGCCAACAGCAUCGAUUAUUUGUAAAUGAUCUUCAUUCUGACAUCAGUGAUGUUAAAAAGGUGUGGUGUUUAUUUUUUUAAGGUAAACCAAAUUGCCCUCAUAAGUGUUACAAAGAGAUACACACACAAUGUUGUCAUUUAGACCUUGUGGAAGUCGCUCGAAUGUCCUUGUUCAAAUGUUCAACUAAUGAAGAGAUGAUUAGAAUUCACUGCAUGAACGAGGCCGGCAACGUUGUGAGGCCAUGUGACUCUUUGGGCCUGAUUUACCAAGAUCCCAAAUAGGGAGGCGCUAAGGCACGAGUGCACCGCAGAACGCGACGUGUGCUAAGGCACUUGUGCACCAACUUAACAGAAAGCGACAUGCUUUUGGCAACAAAUGUAAAAGUAGUGCAUUUAAAGGUUUUUCUGCUUGAGUUUGUACAGAUGGUUUUCACCAUGGAACAUUUUGAAGGGGGAGAAUAAUUUCAUCACGUGUUUGCGGUGCUCUUCACAGGAAGCGCAUCAAAGUGUAGUUUGAUUUAACGCAUGCUGAGUACAUGGCAAUUGAAUAUUCAAUUACCAUCCCGUGUAAUCGUGUGUAUGAAGCUUGAGCCAGCACUCCUGCAACUUGCCCUGAGAGAUAUCAGCACCAGUGGUCACACUGUGCCGAAAUGACAUAAGUGAUAUGGCAUGACUCCUUCUUGUGACUGGCUCCCUACAUGAUGGUUUCAAAAUUCCAGUACCGAAGAGACAAUAUGUCAGGAUAAUUUUAUUUUAAAAAUGUUUACACGAGUGGAAAUCGCAAUUCAUCUCAGGUUUAUUAAGUCAUGUAUUGCAUAUACUCCUCUGACAAGCGAAAUGACUGUAUGGCAAUGUUGUGAAUUUGGCGUCAUUGGCGUGCCCGUCAGAUGAUCGAUCGGCUUCCACAUCUGUUUGCGUGACCAGUCAUGUUUAUGCCCUUUUCACACACGCAAAUCUUUAGUAAAUCAGGCCCACGGUGUCAAUACACCAUCGCUAUGCUGGCUUAUAUCGUAACGCGGCAUCGUUACUUUUAUGAUACAAAGCACAAAAGUAUCCAUAUGGUGGAUUUGUUCCUUUAACAUGUCCGUGUUUUGAACGAUUUGUCUUUCAUUGUCUUUGUGAUCGUCAUCUGUAUGUGUGAAGCAGGCAGUGAGAAUUUGAGUGCCUCAAUUUUGUUUUUGCAGCAUCUCUUUUCACGUCGUGCCCCGUUGCGAAUAUCACAACUGAACUUCAAGAAGCACACUGUGUGGGUCGAUGUAUGCGUGUGAUCGUGUGUGUGCGCGCGUAUGCGUGUUUGACACAAAAACAACAAGGGCAAGUAAGCAGUGCACAAGAAGAGAGAAAAGCUCUGCUUCCUCCAGUGGUCGUAGCGAGCGAUGUGCAUUCGGUCCUGGAUGGAAAGCGCACUGACAAACUGUCAAUCACGUGUCAUCUCAUCCACUCCCAAUCAUAGAACAGUUUUUGAGACACCUGCACAAUCUAAUGAGAUCCAAUACAAGACAAGCAUGAAAAAGUGUUCUUCACAUAUGAGUGAUACUGCCAGCGAGGUAAUCGCCAUCCAUCCAAUACUUGUAAAUACGCGUUUGUUGGUAACUACAUCACUCCGAGAGGUGCAGUUAUUUUUCCCUCUAACGACACCACAUCAGCUGAGCACCAUUUUGAUCCAGCUCUUGUAUCGGCUCUCUUUUGAUUUUGUGCCUAAUGAAGUGUCCACUGAGUGUUUAUGCCUUCGUUCGUUCACUGUGCUGCAUACUCAUCGGUGUACAGAAAGAUUGAUGUUACAGCGGUGAGCUUCUCAUUGUUACUUCGAGUGUACAAUAUCAAUCAAUAAACAAUGCAACUUUUA